UAAUUGAAUGGAGACUGGGGUUUGGGGAAGUUCAACAACUUGGGAAAUUCCUAUAAAGAUGGAGUAACCCAGCUUCUCAAUACAACAUCAUCAUCAUCAACAACAUCACCAUCAUCAAUUCAUCCUCUCUCUUUCCAAUAAGAACUUCAUAUUCUCUCUAUACUCUAUAGAAGAAUUUCAUUCUUAUUUUCUCCAUUCUCUCCACCUCAAUAACAACAACAACACUUCCCUUCAAUCCCUUCACAAUGGCCGGUGGAAUUCCAAUUUCCACGACACCCCUUUCAACGGGUUUCCUCCGUGGAAAAGCUCUCAUCUUUCCACUUUCCCUCGUCAUCUCCCUCUUCUUCCUAUGGGGUUUCUCUUAUGGUUUACUCGAUGUGCUCAAUAAGCAUUUCCAAACAGUUCUUGACAUCACCAAGCUUCAAUCUACCGGUCUUCAAGUCGUUUACUUCGGUGGCGGUUAUCUUCUCUUCUCUCCUAUUGCCGCCGAAGUCAUGAAGCGCAAGGGUUAUAAGAUUACCAUCUUGAUGGGUCUUUCACUUUACUCUCUUGGUGCCAUUAUGUUUUGGCCAACUGCUCAUUUCUCUACAUACGAAAAUAGAAUUGCCUCAUUUGGUGGUUUCUGUGCUUGUACAUUGGUCAUCGCAUGUGGACUCGCUACUCUCGAAACUGCCGCUAAUUCCUAUGCCGUUGUUAUCGGUGACCCAGCAUCUGCAUCAGCUCGUCUUCAAUUCUGUCAAUCAUGGAAUGGAGUUGCUUCAUUCAUCGGUCCAUUGAUUGCCGGAAAAUACUUCUUCUCAGGCGAAAACGCUCACAACUUGACCAAUGUCCAGUUCGUCUAUCUGGCAGUUGCAUGCGCUGGUGCCGCCAUCGCCGUUCUCUUCCUCGUCGCCAAACUUCCUGAAGUUUCCGAAGAAAUGCUCGAAUCCAGCACCGUUAAGACUGAGAACUUGGCCCUCGAUGAGUUUGGACAUGAAAUCGGCCAGGGACCAAUCUAUAAGCAAUACAACAUGAUCUUCGCCUUCAUUGCUCAAUUCUGCUAUGUUGGUGCUCAAGUCACUGUUGCAUCAUUCUUCAUCAAUUACGCUACCGAGAAUGCAUCUUACUCUUCCUCCCAGGCUUCUAACAUGCUCUCCUACGCUUUGAUCACUUUCACCGUUGGUCGAUUCAUCGCCACUGCUCUCGCAACCGUUUUCCAAGCUGAUUUCCUCAUGAUCAUCUACUCCGCCUUCGCUAUCGCUUUCACAGCCGUUGUAGCUGCGUGGCACGGAAAUGGCGCUGUGGUUAUCCUCAUCCUUCUCUUCUUCUUCGAGGCUCCUAUGUAUCCUACUCUCUUCACCAUGGGUACUGCCAAUCUCGGUCGUCAUACUCGUCGUGGUGCAGGUAUCCUCGUUAUGGGUGUAUCUGGUGGAGCUGUCUUCCCUCCUAUUCAAGGUGCCAUUGCCGAUUCUGCCGGCACUAGAAUCUCGUAUGUGGUUCCAUUGGUUGGAUUCAUUUAUGUAUUGGGAUAUGUUACUUUCCAUUGGAUUAGACACGGAAGACAUAUCAUGAGAAUCAAGGAUGUCGUUGCAGCUGAAUUUGUGGGUGGUGCUGCAGGUGGUGUGGUUGAAAAGGUUCAUUAUGAUGGAGAUAAAGUGAUGAGUGUUGAGCAAAAGGAAACCAUCUAAAAGAUUUCCAUCGUCUUUAAUGAAACUUUGGGAAAGGUGAAAUGGGAUGGUUUGGGGUGUUUGGGAUGGGAUUAUGAACAUCUUAAUAGAUGAAACUUAUUGUUUACUGUAUAUACGUGCUUUUUACUAGCAAUUGCCUGGAUGGAUUUUCUCUCUUCUCUUUAUUAGAUGAGAUCGAAUGAACGGAUGGAUGGAUGGAUGAAUACGAUACCACGACUCGAAAUGGAAUAGAGACAUAGAUUUCUCAUAAAUUUACAUAUUCAUUAUUUAAUUUCUUUUCAUC